AUGCUCCGGUUGGCGGCCGCCGCGGCGGUGCUUGCUUGGGUGUGUGCGUGUGCUUGUACAUGUGCGUGCGUGAGGAAAAGCUCCAGUUGUGGGAAUCGCGGGGGAGGGGGUGCAAGGGCGGCGGCGGUGCAGCGUAAAAGGGCUGCCUUGGAAUUCGGGCGGGCGCGCAGGGCCGCCGCAUUGAAUGCCUGCGACCCUCCAUUGUGUGCUGCCCGUGCUACGAGAGAGUUUUUUUUUCCCCCAUUAGCGGGCAGGUGGAUUUGGGCAAUUGAAUGA